AUGAAUGAUUGUCGAGCCCUAGCACUGAAGCGAUUUCUGAUGUUGGAAAAGAAGUUGGUACGCAACCCUGAGUUACAGAUGCAGUAUAUUCAGUUCAUCCGAGAGAGUGAGACUCUUGGUCACUGUCACGAAAUCAACGAAGCCAAUGACCUGCCUAAUCAACGCAAUUUUUACAUGCCACAUCAUGCUGUUCUGCGGCCCUCGAGUUCCAGCACAAAAUGUCGUGUAGUCUUCGAUGCCAGUGCGAAGCCCACUCCUGAUAGUUUAUCAUUAAACGAUGUUCUCCACGUCGGGUCUGUAGUACAAAGCGAAUUAUUCUCCAUUGUACUAAGAUUCCAGAAACACCAAAUUACAAUAUCGGCAGACAUAGCAAAAAUGUACCGCCAGAUAUCAAUGGCAGCGGAAGACCAACGAAUAUUCUGGAGAGAACAUCCGGCACAUCCGCUGCGAAUACUGGAAUUGAAAACCGUGACGUAUGGAACAGCUUCCGCCCCUUACCAGGCCACACGAUGUUUUGUGCAGCUGGCAGAAGAAGAAGGACGUGAUUUCUCCGUUGCCGCGCGCUUAGUAAAGGAGGAUAUAUAUGUAGAUGACAUACUCACUGGAGCUGAAAGUGUGACUGAUGCUAUCAAAGUUUAUCGUCAAUUAAAGCAGCUUCUUGGUCGAGGCGGUUUUCCCAUACAUAAGUGGUGUUCGAAUUCGAAAGAGCUACUGGAUACCAUACCGCCGCAAGAGUGUGAGAAACAAAUACCUAUGGAGCAUUGUGAAGCAAACCAGGUAAUCAAAAUUUUAGGAUUGCUGUGGGAUUCCCACGAACAUGCCCUUUAUAUCGCCAAUCAACCUAAGCAACCAACGAUACAACCACAAUCAAUUACAAAGAGGAUUAUCUAUGCUGAAGUAGCUAAGUUUUACGAUCCACUUUGUUUGUUCUCGCCGGUAAUCGUCCUGGCAAAAUUACUUGUGCAACAAAUUUGGAGAACUAAAGCAGGAUGGGACGAAUCAGUAGACACCGAACUGGCCCAGAAGUGGCAUCUAUUACAGUGUUCGUUAUCACACCUCAACCGAACAAAUGUUCCGAGAUGUGUGACUUUUAACAAUGCAAUUGCUCACGAAUUACAUGGAUUUGCCGACGCCUCAACUGUAGCCUACGGAGCAUGUAUUUAUCUACGAAGCAUAUUCAGCGAUGGAACAGCCAAACUUCGCAUGUUAUGCAGCAAGUCCAAACUUGCUCCCUUACACGACCUUUCCAUACCCAGAAAAGAACUUUGUGCAGCUCUCUUACUUACGCGACUUCUCCAGAAGGUGAUACCAGCCCUUGGAAUGACGUUCCAGGACAUAGUUUUGUGGAGUGAUAGUACGAUUGUUUUAGCUUGGAUAAAGAAACCUCUAAACCUACUUCAGUUGUUCGUACGGAAGCGUAUCGCCGUCAUCCAAGAAUAUACGAGUGAGUACCGAUGGCAUUAUAUUCGCUCUCAGCAGGAUCCUGCCGACCUCAUAUCACGUGGUCUGCUGCCAGAACUUCUGGAAGAAAACAUGCUUUGGUGGGACGGCCCCGAAUUCCUCACAAAGCCACAAUACCAAACAGAAAAUGUUGAAGAUGUUCCCAAUGAUGUGCUACCAGAAAUGAAAUCCGCUAUAGCUACAGCAGCCGUGAGUAGUCCUCAUUUCGCAUUUUUGUAUAAAUUCAGCAGCUUCCGUAAAAUGCAAAGAAUAAUGGGAUACGUCCUGUGGUUUGUUGCGAAUUGCAAAAAGAUUGCUUCUGAACGAGAACGAUCCCACUUGACGAUUCGUGAGCUGUAUCAAUCGUCAGAAACUAUCAUCCGCAUAAUGCAACUAACUCACUUAGAGGCCGAUGUACAGUAA